CAAUCUCGGGCUGCUUUAGUUCAUCACCUCGUUUUGCAGUGCAAUGUUCGACCCAACGGAUCACCAGCACCGACGGUACAAUCCGCUCACCGGCCAGUGGGUGCUAGUGAGCCCGCACCGUAUGAAACGGCCCUGGUCCGGGCAGGAGGAAACACCCCAAUCGGAUGACCUUCCCGAGUUCGAUCCGACGAAUCCACUCUGCCCAGGGGUGACCCGCUCGAACGGAACCAAAAAUCCCAUCUACGACUCGACGUUUGUGUUUACGAACGAUUUUCCGGCCCUGCUGGAGCAAGUGCCGGAACCACCGGCCAGCGAUGAUCCACUGUUUCAGGUGGCACCGGCUCGUGGAACCUGCCGGGUGAUGUGCUUUCACCCAAAAUCCAACAGGACGCUGCCACUGAUGACGCCCAAGGAGAUCCGGAACGUGAUUGACGCGUGGAUCGCCGAAUUUCGGAGUCUCGCGAAGCGCUACAGCUGGGUGCAGAUUUUCGAGAAUAAGGGCGCCACGAUGGGGUGCUCGAAUCCGCAUCCACACUGUCAGAUUUGGGCGUGCUCGUUUCUGCCCAACGAACCGCAGAUCAAGGACGGCAAGCUGCGUGAAUACUUCGCCCGCCAUGGCACGGCUCUGUUGGAUGAUUACGUGCGCCAGGAGCUCACCAAACGGGAACGCAUCGUGAUCGACAAUCCAGACUGGCUCGUAGUGGUCCCGUUCUGGGCCGUUUGGCCCUUUGAAACGAUGCUGAUCUCGCGCAACAGAAACAAGCGCAUCUCGGACCUGACCGUGUCGCAGAUUAACAACCUGGCGAUCGUGAUCAAGGAGCUCACCACGAAGUACGACAAUCUCUUCAAGUGCUCGUUCCCGUACAGCAUGGGCUGGCACGGUGCACCGACGGCGGAUCUGGCUGAGGGUGUUUCGAGUGAUCAGCACUGGACGUUGCAUGCCAUCUACUAUCCACCGUUGCUUCGGUCGGCGACGGUGCGCAAGUUUAUGGUGGGCUUCGAGCUGUUGUGCCAGUCGCAACGUGAUCUUACCGCCGAACAAGCCGCUGACAGGCUGCGUGGGCUCUGUGGAAAGCGGCACUACAGCGUGCAGUUGUAAUCAGCGCAGCCAGCGCGCUAUCUAAUCGUACGAAAGGGCUCCGACACCGUAAACAUACACGAACGCUAAUAAAGUACUACCCCCACGGUGGGUUCGAUGUUUUAACCG